AUGAAAAUCAAGUUUUCCUUUGGACAAAAACAGAAAAAAGAUAAUUUAUCACCUGUUCAGAUGCUAGUUAGUGGAUUCUUCGGUGUUAUUGGCCCUAAAUGUCUAAUAGCUCCGCUUGAUACAAUUCGAGUUUCAAAAAUUCUUCAUGGUAAUCAGGGAAAUUCUAUUUUAUGGGACGAAAUCCGUACGCAAGGAUUUCCACGUCUUUUUAGUGGAAUUGCAUGCGAUGUAAUUCGAAUUCCAAACCAAACAAUUUUCAGAUACCUUCUAUUCGAUGAAUUGAGAGCAUAUAUGAAUUCAGGAGUAGCUGAUAUGAUUGCAGCAACAGCAGCAUCUAUUACAUUUCAUCCUAUCGACGUAAUUCAUACAUUAAUGGUUUCUGAUCCCGUUAAAUACCCAACAGUUUCUAAAACUGCGUCAUUGGUUUGGCAAAGAGAUGGAAUCAAAGGAUUUUUAUGUGGGUUGCAUCCAACUUUGAUUGGAUAUUUACCAUAUCGAGGUGUUUCUUUAUCUUCACAGUUCUUACUUCGAAAGUUUCCGAUUAAAAAAUCUCCAGUUUCAGACUUCCUUAUUCAUGGCACAGUCUUAACUUGUGCUCAGUUUGCAACUUAUCCAUUUGAUUUAGCAAGAAAGAGGAUGAUUGCUGACGAAUCAGUACAUGGCAUGAACUACAUAGAUGUUAUCAAAGAUACUUACAAGAAACGAGGCUUCACAGGAGUUUAUUCAGGAUUUGGUGUUACAAUGGCAAGAAUCUAUGCAUUUACAUACUUACAACAUAAAUGCACUAGUCUGGCACAAUCAUUCUUAUACAAUUUCAAUUAUUUGCUAAGAAAACACAAAUUUGAUUAA